CUCCGACUCCAGCGCCGCGCGGCCGGGGAGCGCCGAGCACAGCGGGAUCGGACGCUGCGAGGCGCGGCGUCCAGAAAAGGUUCAUUCGGACUCCCACCGCUUUAGGACACAAGGUGCUGACCCCAGGGACCUGCCAUGAAACCACACUUGAAGCAAUGGAGACAACGAAUGCUUUGCGGGAUAUUCGCUUGGGGGCUCCUCUUCGUGGUGAUGUUCAUUUACUUCACCGACAGCAACCCAGCUGAGCCUGCACCCAGCUCCUUCUCCUUCCUGGAGACCAGGAGGCUCCUGCCCAUGCAGGGGAAGCAGAGGGCCAUCAUGGGCGCCGCGCAGGAGCCCUCCUUGCUCCAGAGCGUGGGUGCACACAAGGGCCUGCUGGACGGACGCCCGUCGGGCCCCUUCCACAGGGCGCCGGGCGACCUGUCGCAGUGGGCCCAGGUGCAGGAUGGGUUUGAAAGUGACGAAGAGUUCUUUUCAUCCCCGAUCGGGAGGAAAUCGCAAAGUGCUUUCUACCCGGAGGACGACGACUACUUUUUUGCCGCGGGUCAGCCAGGGUUGCAGAGCCACACUCAGGGCACGCCGGGAGCCCUCUCCCCCCGGGACCAAGGCCGGUCGGAGGGGGCUGCACCAGCCCGCCAGGCGCAGAGAAGGCGGGCGGGGAAGAGGCAGCGGAAAGCCGGCGGGAGCCUGGUGCUGGAGCACGGCGACGACGGGGACAGGCUGUACUCGUCCAUGUCCAGGGCCUUCCUCCACCGGCUCUGGAAGGGAAACGUCUCGUCCAAGAUGCUCAACCCGCGGCUGCAGAAGGCCAUGCAGGACUACCUGAGCGCCAACAAGCACGGCGUGCGCUUCCGCGGGCGGCGGGCGGCCGGGCUGAGCCGCGCCGAGCUGCUGUGCGCGCUGCGGAGCCGGGUGCGGGUGCGCACGCUGGACGGCAAGGAGGCGCCCUUCUCGGCGCUCGGCUGGCAGAAGCUGGUUCCCGCCGUGCCGCUGAGCCAGCUGCACCCGCGCGGCCUCCGGAGCUGCGCCGUGGUCAUGUCGGCCGGCGCCAUCCUCAACUCCUCCCUGGGCGAGGAGAUAGGAAAAGAGCUGACAGUAUUUUUUGCCAGUGAUAAAAUGCAAGCUUUCAACCAUGAACUUGGAACUGAACCCAAGUUCCUCUAUCCGAUGCACAGCAAAGCCAUCACUGAGACAUCAGCGGCUUCUAAUUUUCUCCCCGCCGCAGGAAUCCUCAUCAUGAUGUCCCUGUGCAGCGAAGUGCACGUGUACGAAUACAUCCCAUCGGUCCGGCAGACGGAGCUGUGCCACUACCACGAGCUGUACUACGACGCGGCGUGCACGCUUGGCGCCUACCACCCGCUGCUCUACGAGAAGCUGCUGGUGCAGCGGCUGAACACCGGCGCCCUGGGCGACCUGCACCGCAAGGGCAAGGUGGUCCUACCCGGGCUCCGGGCCGUGCGCUGCCCCGCGCCCAACCCCGCCGGGCCGGCCUCCUGAAGAGGGGCUCUUGAGAAGCGAUGUGCAAUAAGGUACUACUGUUGUGCUCUGAGUCACAGGAGAAUACUUGAAGAUCUCUUUUAGGCAAUGUAGUCUUCAGCCUUUAGACUGUAACGUAGCGGUGGCCACGAGAAUUCUUCUUUUUCUAAGCCAUUGAGUAUUUAUUACUGCUUUGAAUACAGAAAUGGAAUUUAAAAGGAAAAAAUGCUCAAGAAAGAUGCAAAAAAAAAAUGCUAAAAAGGGGGGGGGGCAAACGAAUGACAAAUGAGUAUUGUACCUCCAGAAAUGUUAACCUUUUUUUAUGCCGUGGGCAUCCCUGAUGAGGGUUGGUUUGGGCUACAGGUUUCCGUGAUGUACCUGAUGUUACGAAGUGGUUUAUACACUCUUGUUGAGGUACAGUAUCUGUAGCACCUACUGUGUUACUUGUACAUUCAUUCGUUAUUAAAGAUCCUAGCGUUUAUGACAAGCA